AUGUCCCAGCCUCACAAUACUGCAGUCAUGGUCUCGAACGAAACUGGUGAACUCGCUUGGAUGGCGAAGCAGGAGCAGAUCGAUCGCUUCUUCGACCGUGUAGAAAAGCGUCGCGCUUCGGCUGCCUUCAUCCAAGGUCCCCACGCUUGCAGGAAGAGCACCACAAUGCUAGCGCAUCUCCUCCUCCAGGCGCACGCUAAGGUUCCCGGCGCCCCGAUGGUCUACAUUCUCUCUUCCCCUCUGGAGGCGGCGCUACUCGCCAUAUACCUCGUCUCGGAGCAUUUCAACAGGCAACUCCCCGUCGCUCUAAUACGUUUGGGGCUCAUGUGGUAA